CUUUCCCCCCACGGUUCCAGCGCUUGCCCCCCUGCGGGAGCGUGUCUUGGAUCCUUUGGUUGGGAAUUGGGAUUCGAAGCCGUCGUCGGGAUUGUCUGUUCCCGUUCUUGAAUUCUAGCGCGGAGGCGGAUUGGAUUCGAGCUGCGAGUUUUAGCUUACUAAUUUUUCUGUGCGGUGGGUCGAGUAAUAGAAUCUGGAGGGCGUCCUUUUGUGCGAUAUUGUCAGUUCAUAGCUGUUACUCAGCUCGAUGAUGCAGGCAGUGAGCUCAACAUGUUCGAUGAAAUUGCUUACCCAAGUUACUUAUCUAAGGAAGGAUUGCUGCGGUCAGAAUUACAUCUUCAAGAUUGUAGACUGACAACUGUGUUUCCAAACUUAAACUGACGGCAGGACAUGCAAGAAGCAAGACACACUUAGGGCUGGUUUGGUGACUAGAGAAUUGGGGGUUCAUUUUCUCCCUCAAUCCCCUUCAAUAUCACUUAAUUCCCCGGUCAUCAAACCGGUCAGAAUUACAGCGUAAGGGUGGGUUUGGUGACCAGUGAAUUGAGAAUUCCCCCUCCAAUUACUCUCAAUUCCCUUAUCACCAAACCAACUCUAAAGCUUAGACACGGCACCUACUGAUUUAUGUAGGACUAAUUCCUAUGGUCCUAUCAAUUGCAAGGGACAUGCAUCUGUGCCUAUGAUCCUAUUUGUUACAGAGGAAUAUAUAGAUUUUCAUGCAUUUGUUCCUAUCAAUUUACUCAUGUUUGUAUUUUUUUUCCAGGGCAGCGUCAUGAAGAUUAAGGGGAACUUGCAUGUUUGAUGUACCCCUGUAGCAAAAAAUUCUUGUGAUAAAAUUUGUUGAAUUAGUCACUGUCAGGGAGGGAUCUAGUUGUCAGUUGUUUGUAUUAAAGCUGCUGGCACUUUCCUUGCAGGGUUUCUGUAGAAUAAAUGGGAGAAGCACACUUGGAUGAAUGUUGUCAUUGCCAAGGGUGUGCUGGCAAGUAUACACUACUCAGAGAUGAAGAAAACCCACGGUGGACAAUCUUUGAGAGGCGGCUUCCUUGCUGUGGUUGUGGGAUAGGAUGGUCUUCUUUUCUUUUAGGUUUCUUGUGUCCUUUGAUUUGGUACUUUGCAACCACUCUUUACUGCUGCAAGUACUACAACAAAGAUCCUCGAGAGCGCCCUGGGCUAGCUGCAUCAGCUGUUGCGGCACUCAUCUUCACAGUCCUGGCACUCAUCGCUCUCUCUGUGGCACUGAUAAUCUAUAUAUAAAACGAGGAAUGAACUUGCGCUUGCUUGAAAUGCGUACUCAGGCACUCAUCUUCACAGUCCUGGCAGCCAUACAUCGCUCUCUGUGGCACAGAUCAUCUGAAACCCAAAGCGAGGAAAACGCGGUAGCUGGACCUGGCAUUCAGAAGGAACUUGUAAUUUCAGUGAUAGUAGCAUAUAGUUGCAAUCAUCCUUCAUGUAUCACCAUAUCAAGUUGUUGAUUUAAAUGCUGCAACCGUCCCUGUUGUCGGUUGACCUGUCGGCUGCUGUUGUCUAUCAACGAGGAUGAUCAUUGCUCUAUCGCAAACUGUGUGCUCCGUGAUCUGCGAUGCUUCUGAACU